AGACUUUAGUCUGGGUUAACGACGCGACGGUACAGCCGUAAUUUUCACAACGUUCAUUCUGCAGCUCGUGUUUGUCACGUCGUUGAAAAGAACGGAAGAGGUAGAGAGGGAAGGAAAGGGAAGCAGAGGGAGAAAGAGCACUCUGGAAAGCGACGACGGUCAAUGGCGAUGGCCGCGGUGCAGCUAAAUGAUAGUCAGUCAGUCAGUCUCGAGACACGGAGGUUUGAGCAUCGUACGGAGGUCGACGAGCCAAUCGUGUGCCUCGUUGAAUCUCGUAUGCUCUCGUUAUCGUCGCGAUCGCGCCUAACCUCACCCUAGACGCUUUCAGUCCGUCGUACGCGCGAUCGCGCGAACAUACGUGAGUGUUGUGUGCCUUUUAUCGCGUCGCGUGUGUUCGGGAACGCAGAAUUCGAGAAACGCGAUAGGAUCCACCGUUACGCGUUGUUGGGUUUAGGGUUGAGUUAGACGAGCGUUUCUCAGGCUCCUGAACAUUGGUUAAACGCUGUAUGCACAUUUACGCAGUUCAAAAAUGCUCGUUUAACUGAGACUUUAGCAUGAGAACCAUAGGAGCGUGAUCGUGCUCCUUGGCACUGAACCGAUUAAUUCGAUCCCUUCAAGGACGCAACGAAAGUUUUGCCCUCGCUGUAUCCGUCGUUCGAAAUCUACACGUCUUAUCGAUGGCGAUGAGAGAAUUUGCACGUGCCCCUGGAAACCAGAACGCAGCCCUGCGAUAUAGUCGGACCGUUUGAACGAAAAUCAACUGUGAAAAGUAUUAAAAAAAAAAAGAAUAUCACGAGGAUUAAAGCUCCGUACGAGUCGGGAUCAAGCAAGUUCGCGAUCGAUAGAAACUGUGAAUAAAGCACGAUAAAAGAUGAAGCUUGAGGGAAGUAGUUCUCAGGAAGAUCACACCAAUGAAAUUCUAUUGCAACCCAGGAAGGGGUCGGGGACCCGGUUGCAAAUCGUUCCCGCGCAGCCAAAAACCAUCACUCAUCUUUCAAAAAGGCCGCCGGUCGAUCUGGCAUUCACCGACCUGACGUACAAGGUGCGAGAGGGACGCAAAAACAAUCUGAAGACAAUUCUGAAAUCCGUCAGCGGAAGGCUGCGAUCCGGAGAGCUGACGGCCAUUAUGGGACCUUCCGGCGCUGGAAAGUCGACUCUUUUAAACAUCCUGACCGGAUACAAGUCGAUGGGCGUGGAAGGAAGUAUCACGAUGAACGGGCACGAGAGGAACCUCAGUGCCUUCAGAAAGCUCUCUUGCUACAUCAUGCAAGACAAUCAACUUCACGCGAAUUUAACCGUGGCCGAAGCAAUGAAAGUCGCUUCGAACCUUAAACUCGGUUCUCAGACGAGCAAGGCGGAAAAGGAGGAAGUGAUCCAGGAAAUCCUCGAAACGCUCGGCCUGAUCGAGCACAUUCGAACCAUGACCUCGAACUUGAGCGGUGGUCAGAAAAAGAGGCUCUCCAUUGCCCUCGAGUUAGUCAAUAAUCCUCCAGUAAUGUUCUUCGACGAACCUACCAGCGGUCUGGACUCGUCGUCUUGCUUUCAAUGUAUCUCGCUAUUAAAGACUUUGGCCCGGGGAGGGAGGACAAUAAUUUGCACCAUUCAUCAGCCCAGCGCCAGGCUCUUUGAAAUGUUCGACGCUUUGUACACGUUGGCCGAGGGACAAUGCGUUUAUCAGGGAUCCACGUCGCAAUUGGUACCUUUCCUUAGAAACAUUGGACUUAAUUGCCCGAGUUACCACAAUCCGGCCUCGUUCAUCAUCGAAGUGUCCUGCGGGGAGUACGGAGACAAUAUUAGGAGUCUUGUAGCAGCCAUAAAGAAUGGAAAGUACGAUAUACGGGAAGGAUACCCGUUCCCUGAAAACAAAUCGGAGGGGCUCAACAACGCGCUCAGCGAGUCGCUCCAAAAAGGCACCGACAGCGGCGAGAACGCCGAGACGAAAGACAAAAAUGACGUGAAGAAUUUGGAGGACAAGUUUCAGGAUUACAAGCAGGAGGAGUCCAGCAAUAAAACAGUUAUUCCAUCCUUCGCGACCAACGAUAUUGCAAAACAAGCGGACGUAGUAAUAGCAAUGGACCCGGAUAAAAAGGACAACGCCGACGUAGCCUUGCUCGACGAGUCGAUCAUUAUCACUCCUGACAGAUAUCCUACAUCAGAGUGUCAACAGUUCUGGAUCAUUCUGAAGAGGACUUUGCUCUUCAGCCGCAGAGAUUGGACGCUUAUGUAUCUUCGAUUGUUCGCUCACAUCCUGGUGGGGUUAUUGAUCGGCGCGCUUUACUACGACAUUGGAAACGACGGCGCUAAAGUACUUAGCAACCUUGGGUUCCUCUUCUUCAAUAUGCUGUUUCUCAUGUACACGUCUAUGACUAUCACGAUUCUGUCUUUUCCGUUGGAGCUACCGGUGCUUCUGAAAGAGAACUUUAACAGGUGGUAUUCCCUCAAGGCCUACUAUCUAGCGAUCACCGUGUCCGAUAUACCGUUUCAGGCGAUAUUUUGCAUCAUGUACGUCGUGAUCGUCUAUUUCUUGACGAGUCAACCGUCGGACUCUAUGCGGUUCAGCAUGUUUUUAGGAACCUGUUUGUUGAUUUCUUUCGUCGCUCAAUCGGUCGGACUCGUCGUUGGUGCAGCUAUGAACGUGCAGAACGGUGUGUUCCUGGCACCGGUGAUGUCCGUGCCGUUCCUCCUGUUCUCAGGCUUCUUCGUCAGUUUCGAUGCGAUCCCCGUGUACCUCAGAUGGAUCACUUAUCUGAGCUACAUCAGAUACGGAUUCGAGGGGACCGCGUUGGCCACUUACUCUUUCGGUCGAGAAAAACUCAAGUGUUUCCAGGUCUACUGCCACUUCAAAAAUCCGGAAACGACUCUGGAGGAGCUGGACAUGCUCGACGCCGAUUUCACCCUCGAUAUUCUUGCCUUGCUUUUGAUAUUCGUUGUUCUUCGAAUCGCCGCUUAUCUGUUCCUCCGUUGGAAGCUUAAGACCGCGCGAUAGAACGUCGUGCACGAUAUUUGGAAAUUAAACAAUGUUCAAACGUACAAUUCGUAACGAAUGCCGCGUGAACGUGUUCGUUUUACCGUCGCGGUACAACGGAGACUCGCGAUCGACAAUACGGUGUGUCUUCGAUGCGUCGGGACAAUCAUUUUUUUUUUCUUAGAAUCACCGACUGUCGAUGAAAUUGCAUAACCCGUGCUUGCAAUUAGUCACACGUUGAAUCCGUAAGGUCUAAACUAACGUAAUUUAUUCGUUUUUUUUAUUAGUUUUACGUCGGAACGACUACUCUGUAGCAAAUAACGCGACAUACUUGUUCAGGGUACAUUUUCGUCUUUGUUUUUUUUCUUUCGUUUUACUACACGGUAGCACAACUUUCUAGUAUGCACGUAAGUACGCACGUUUAUCUCGAAUCGACUGCAGGAACGAGAGUGUUUAUAUGUAUGCGCGCGUGUGCGUAUUCGAUGCAUUAACAAGGAAAGAAUGGAUUCGAGCGAUUCCGAGCCAAUGGAGUAGCUCGUCGAACAAUAUUAAAGCUCUGAAACUUUAUUCUCUGGAAGGAAUAAGAGGCCUUAAUUGACAACGUUUUGCGAGCGUUCACAUUUUUUUUUUAAUCCACCUAUGGCUGUGAGUUUGACGAUGCAGGAGAGUUACGAACGAUUAAUGCUACGACGUGCGUUUAGAAUUUCAGCACGAUCUUGCCAGGUUUACCGUGUGUGUACAGAGUUGUAAAAAUUUCAUUAACGCGUCGCGGACCGUACUUCGACCGUACUUCGUUGUUCCGCGCACCGCGAGGACUUGCGACUCGCAGCAAGUCCAUCGAAACCUUUAUGUAUGUCGUAACUCUUCCAAUUAACGUGUCUCUUAUACGUAGAGUGUAUAUUAUAUUAAUCGAUUUAUAUUUUGUAAGGGAGCCUACGUUUGUAAACGAAAUGUAAGUCGCGCGAGUGAAGGUACUCUUGAAAGCUUUAAAGAAAGAAAUUUUUUAUCGUCGGUAUUCGCUCUCACUCGCGUUCAGGAAGUGGAGUGUGUUUUCUAUAAUUCUUGAUAAAUGUUUGUUGUUGAACACGAGGUUAGUUUGUCUAUGAUCAUUUUGUAAAUGUUUGGAAAUCGACUUCUAUUGGUAUUCUCUGUCUAUACCGAUCGUUACUGAUCUAGGAUCCAUAGGUAAUUUCUUAUUACCUAUUGCUGGAGUGUAAAUACAGUGUUUCUUCGCAGUUACUUCAUCCUUGGAAGAUAGUAUGUCUGUUUUCUUUUUCUGGGUCUCAUUAUCGUGGGAAACGAACUUAUUAACGCAAUUUCCCCAGUAUCGUUAUUGUUUUUAUAUAAUGUAGUAUGCUUGAACAAAACGUAUGUGAAAGUUUACACGAAGCGCAAUAAAAAAUUUUUUUAACGCCCCCGAGCGUUCCACGACGCCGAACUGAAACGAUUUGCCCGUGAAAAUUAAGUUUAUUGUUGAUACAUGUGGAACGAAAGUAAAAAAGGUUCAAUCGCUUUGAUCUUUGUUUUUUUUAUAUUACACCGACUUGACAAAUGUACUUUAACGAGAAAUAUGUUUGUAUCUAUUUACACAGGAUAAAUUGUACAUGUUUAUAUGUAAAAAAAAAAAGAAAAAAAUUAGCGCGAUCGAUUCCGAUCAGUAUACAUAAUAUACUUUUGUAAAGCAUCGUGCAUGCGAAUGUACGUGUCUAUAUUGGAUUGGCAUAAUCUUCGUUGUAUUUUAUAGCAUAUGUUUCGUACGAAUAAAAGUAUGCCUUUCAUAAACUUGCUUGUUUGAUUUUAUGUAACUACCGCGUGCCACAACGUUCGCGUUUCACGCCAGUAAUUAGGUAACUGGGAUAGAAAAAAAAGUACCGAGGACCGUUUUUGUAACAAAAUGUCCGCCGUUCGAACGAAAACUGUGGUCGCGUGUAGCUACAUAAAAAGCUGAAUUUUCUAUUCGUCUUCGUAAUCGUUCGACCGUAACGAAGCACAGUCGAGGUGAAAGUUUUUGUUUAUCGCGAUCUACCCGGGGGAAAAAAUUUGUUAGAAUGUUGCAUUAUUGCAGUUUGCAAAACUAAAAUGUCUACAAUACGAUUAUUUCCUUAUGCAAACACCGUGUAAAUUAUACAUGCACGCGAGUAUUCGAAUAAUUAUAGAUGCGAAGGAUUUUCUAAGGUAACGGGAACAAUUUUUUUUUUUUUUUUCUACGUUUUAUGUGCGCAUGAUAAUGACUAGUGUUUCUUCCACG